GUUCCAUAUCCUGAUUAUAAAACACGCACAGACAGGCCUUUACCACCAAGCCACAGGAUACGCUAUUUCGAAGUUCCAGCGCAGAGGGAUCUUUUAAAAUCUACGUUCGAAUUGAGUGCGACGAAGUUGGCAACUCCAGGGAAGUCCCGUCGAUUACGGCCGAGAAAACGCGCUUAUCUUCCUUCAUUCGCUUCGCCUCCUCUUGGACAUGAACAGGCUGAUCGCGAUCCUGAGCGUGGCCUUGGCGCUGGCCGUCGGGGGGAGCAGGGCCCAGUGCCCGCCGCCGGAGACUCUAGGGCCCUGCGAGUGCCACGUGGAUGCCAAAGGACUCCCGGCGCUCGUGUGCCGCAGAGUGGCAGGCUGGCAGGAAGUGGGGGACGUCAUCAACAACGGGCUUCCCCAUCUGGGCAGCAUGGACAUCGUGGCAUCUCCGGGCAUCACUGAUCUCCCCUCCCUCGCCUUCGCCGACACCCUCAUCGACGCCAUCCGCUUCUACGAUACAGGUUUGCUGUACAUGAACAGAAACACCUUCAGCGAUGUUACUGCGGCUGCCCUCAAGAGUCUGUACAUCAAGCACAACUCGGAAUUCUAUUCCCUAGAAAAUGACGUGGCUGCUCACCUCCCGGCGUUGGAGGCUCUGUACGUGUCCUACAACACGUUAGGCAGUCUGAGCGGUGCCAUGGCGGAGACGGCUGUGCCAUACAUAGAUCUCAGUCACAAUGGCAUUAAGUCGAUCUCUGCCAAUUACUUUGCCUCGUGCACAGCGCUGAAGGUCCUCCUGCUGCCUUUCAAUGAGUUCACGACCUCUGACCUCGGCCCAGGCUCCCUCACCAUCAACGGCGACCCUGACGACCUCUACGUUGACCUCGCUUGGAACAGUCUGACAGAGGGUGUCCAGCCUUCCGCAUUUGGAGGGCGGCCACCCAAAGAGCUUUUGCUGAGCCACAACGGAAUCGCGACCUUGAGUGAAAGUGUCUUCGGCCAACUUCUCACCGACAUGGAGGCCGCCUAUGGUUCUGAGGCCUACAUUCUUCUUGACCACAACCAGCUGGCCUGCGGCUGCGACAUGGCGUGGGUAGUCGAUCACCCCGGCCGCGGCCUCCUCCAGCAGGCAGAGUGCGAGGAUGGGCGGCUCGUGUCCGGCCUGACCCCCGUGGACUUCGAGCACUGCUAAGCCAAGUCAGGUCGAGUCAGGUCAUCUCUCGCCUUCUAGGUCUUCAUAGCUAUAACACCGUGACUAAGUUCGUGAAUAAAAUUAGUGAUUGAAAUUCAGAUAUUCAUUUUUUUUUGUUAGUUUUAGGGUUUUAAAGUUUAAUGAUUCCUCGUGCUGAGAAUGUGCAUGAAAUGUGUGAGUUUGCACGAUUCCAGAAAAUGGCAUUUCAACUCUGAAUCGAAAAUAAGUUUCACACAAAGACAGGUGAUCAAAUAAAGUAUAUAAAAGCUAAA